AAGUUUGAAAAUGUAAAAACAUUUUCUCUAAACAAACUCUGAAACUGUAUGAUAUUGUAGAGAACAAAGGACAACAUUUCUAGACAUAAUGUUAAAAUUUCAACUGAAUCAAAAGAAAUUAGUUGAGAACAGAAAAUGAGGCUUACAUAGAAACCUGUGGAAUACAGUAUGUUGUAGCAGCCCUUGGUCUUCAAUGCCCAGCAGUGUCUGUGUGUGAACUGUGAACACUAGGGGCCUCAUUCAAAGCGCUCAGAUAACAGCUCUUUGUGGCAUCAUCGUCUUUCAGCAGCACACAGCAGCUCCUGCUUUCAGACGGCCUCUCAUGACGGACCAGCACUACGCAGGUAAGACCAAAGUCUGCUUUUUCCUGAGGUUCUGCUGCCGUGUGUCCUGUAAAGACGAGUCAGAGGAGUGGAAACAAUGAUUUCAUUCUUUUUUAACUUCAACAGACUCCUUACACCCGUCACAGAACAGCCAAUCGAUGUUAGCAGUCUACCAGUCUGAUUUCUCUAUACUUCUCUUUCUUUUGUUUAGUCAAUAAACCUACAUGCAUGUUAGAUUAAACAGUAAAUCUAGACUGCAAACAGAGGGACGUGUAUUCGACAUGUCCCUCUGUUUGCAGGUCUGUCUUUCUUAUCACUUAUCUGCUCUGCUAGCCUCCCACAAACACACACUGAUAGCAUAAAUAAUGCAUUUCUGCCACAGUUUUCUGUUUCCUCACAACUCUGCUCUCUGAUUUCAGGAUUGUCUUGAUGUUGAUUCACCCUCUGCUCUGUUUGUUGCAGCGGCCCACCAUGCAGCAGGAGCUGGGGCUCCACACUGGGCGCACAGGAAAUGCAGUCAAAGCUGAACCUUCUUCAGGUGACUUCAGCCCCAUGAAAGGUUCUAGGACUCAUAACAAACUUCACAAGGAACUACUACUGGCUCACAAGAAGGGUCUGGUGCUGAGCAGUAGGACGGAGCUUCAGCAGGUUUUGGAGAGGAGGAAAAGGGUCCAGGGGAACCAGGAUGAGGGAGAGCUGAGCAGAACUCCUCUGGAGGAUAUGCUGCACAAACGACAGCAGAAACAACUCGAGAAAGAAAAGGAGGAAGACGAGGCGACGCGUGGAGAAGCCCAGUUGUUGGAGUUCUUCAGGGUCCGACAGAACCUGCGGAAGAUCCAUUCAAACGCCUCCAGCAAAGUCGCUAACUCUGCUCUGGAGUAAUGACGCAAACAGACAUUUGUAGACAGAGAAGAAACCCCGAGAUACUCCACAUUUGAAGCUACAUGAUCAAAUCCAACAUUUUUAAAGGUUUAAGCUUGUCUGUCUUAUUAGUGAAUGCAUGUCAAAUCGUUGAAAAUGACAUUAAAAUGUCAACGUUCAGCGUUCCUGUGACACCUGUCUUUACUGUGAAGUGGGUCUGGAUAAGAACAGCUGCUCUGCUAGAACCUCCUUCAUCUUUGGAGUAACUAAUGAGGUUUUCUCUAAACUGAGCUAAAUCAGUGUUACUUUCAUGCAACGUUUUCUGCGAAAGCAGACAUGUGUGUAGCUGCAAUGAUGUGUGCUGUGUGACUUAACCCACUGACCCCGGGGUCACUGCCAGGACCACAGUCAUUCAUCCUAGAAAGACAGGCUUCAUAGGUUGAUUGGUGAAUCUGCGUGGCCCUAAAACAGACAGGAGAACCGUCCAGAGUGUGCCUUGCCUUCACCCAGGGCAAUGGCUGGGAUAGGCUCCAGCAACCCUAUAAGCCUGAAAGGGAUUAAGUGGGUUUGGAGGAUGGAUGGAUAUACACACCAGUCCAGAGAUAUUUUGCCCACCUAAAUUAUAGUUUAUAGCCAAAAGAACAAGUUUAGGUUUAUAUAAAAAUACUUUUACUAAACCAAUAAAUGAGAGGUGUUACAUUGUUCAUGCUUUUAACCCUCAGAGAACAUUUUUCAAAACAAAACACAGUUUGAGCAACAGAGGUUUCUUUAUUUGGCAUUUGUAAGCAUUUCAAAUUUUACCACACCUCCUAGACAUCUCAAUAAAACUUAUUUUAUCUUUAUGAAGAUCUGAAUCACUUUAUGAAGAUCUGAAUCACUAAUGUGUCUGUGGCUAACAAUGAGGUACAGACUUCCCCCACAGGAG